CUUAAAACCCCGUUGCACGGUCGUCGCCCUUUCGUUCGUCCUCAGUGUAGGAUAACGGAAACGCGUUUCGAGACAGGGACACCUAACUACAAACACCUUUUAAAAUCAACUUUAUCGCUGUGUAUAGACGUAUCGCACGGAAAAACAACAAGUCAUCGCGGCAUCAACGAUGGACACCUUGAUCCGGCGCUGCCCUUUCCUGUCUCGCAUGCCUCAGGCCUUCCUGCAGCAAUCCAGGAAGUCGCUGGUGGUCUAUGCGCAGAAUUGCCCCGUGAUGAUGAAUCUGGCUUCCAGCCCUUUUGCCCGCUCUCUCUGCUCCUCGGCUUCUAGCCAGCAAGAUGGAGACGAUUCCCGUCCCGCCAAUGGCGGCAGCCCCUCCGCCCCAGCUGUGGAUAAGCUGCCCCCGGGUCAUCCCGUGAUCCCUCCUGGUCAGGCGGGGGCUUCCAAGUGCCCCUUCUUGGCGGGGGAGAUGGGGCAGAAGAACAGCAGUGUCGUCCGCCAGGUCCCUCUGGAGCUCCAGGAAGAUGUCACCGAGAUACGUACGCUGCGGACUGAUGUGACCAGGCCCCAGAAGACUCCACCGGCUGCUGUCGUUGCUGACCUGACCCACGAGGAGAGAAGCAGGAUCUUCCAGAAGCUCCUGAAGCAGCGGCCUGCUAGGGUCUCGCACCUCCUGCAGGAGAACAUGCCGAAGUCGGUCACCGACUUCCAUUACGACACGUUCUUCGAGAGGAAGAUCGAGGACCAGAAGAGAGACCACACCUACCGCGUCUUCAAGACGGUGAACCGCAGGGCCCAGGGUUUCCCCAUGGCGGACGAUUACAGCAAGUCGCUGGACGCCAAGCGUGACGUGUCCGUGUGGUGCAGCAACGAUUACCUGGGCAUGAGCCGGCACUCGCAGGUCUUGCGUGCCGUAAUGGACACCUUGCGUAACCAUGGGGCGGGGGCAGGGGGAACUCGCAACAUCUCUGGGACGAGCAAGUUCCACGUGGAACUGGAGCGCGAGCUGGCCGACCUGCACGGCAAAGAUGCCGCGCUGCUCUUCACGUCCUGCUUCGUGGCCAAUGACUCCACCCUCUUCACGCUGGCCAGAAUGCUACCCGGCUGUGAGAUCUACUCGGAUGCUGGGAACCAUGCCUCUAUGAUCCAGGGGAUCAGGAACAGUGGCGCGUCGAAGUUCAUCUUCCGCCACAACGAUGUGGACCACCUGCGGGAGCUGCUGAAGAAAUCCAAGCCGUCUACACCGAAAAUUGUGGCCUUCGAGACUGUGCACUCCAUGGAUGGUUCCAUCUGUCCACUGGAGGAGAUGUGUGACGUGGCCCAUGAGUUUGGAGCCAUUACCUUCGUGGACGAGGUUCACGCCGUCGGCUUGUACGGAGCCCGCGGUGGAGGCAUAGGGGACCGCGAUGGGGUCAUGCAUAAAAUGGAUAUCAUCUCCGGGACCCUUGGCAAGGCCUUCGGCUGCAUGGGCGGCUACAUCGCUAGCACCAGCACGCUGGUGGACACGGUGCGCUCGUACGCGGCCGGCUUCAUCUUCACCACCUCGCUGCCACCCAUGCUGCUGGCGGGCGCCCAGGAGUCAGUGCGCUCGCUGAAGGGCGACGAGGGCCGCUCGCUACGGCUGCGGCACCAGCGCAACGUCAAGCUGCUGCGCCGCAUGCUGAUGGACGAGGGCCUGCCCGUGAUGAACAGCCCCAGCCACAUCAUCCCCAUCAGGGUCGCAGAUGCGGCGAAGAACACGGCGGUCUGUGAUAUCAUGAUGAGCCGCUACAACAUCUAUGUCCAAGCCAUUAACUACCCGACGGUUGCCCGCGGGGAGGAAAGGCUGCGUGUGGCCCCCACACCUCACCACACCCCCCAGAUGAUGGAAUACUUCGUCGAGAAACUACUGAACACCUGGAAGGAGGUGGGCCUGGAGCUGAAGCCUCGCUCCUCGAUGGAGUGCAACGUCUGCCGCCAGCCGCUGCACUUCGACAUGAUGAAUGAGCGCGAGAAGUCCUUCUUCAACGGGCUGAGCAAGCUGAUCUCGGUCAACGCUUAGAACUCCGAUCCCCACAGGUCAUGCACUACCCUAAGCUGCAUCACUGUCGGAAUGGCGACCUGUACCUUAUCUGUGUUUUAAAGUCCACGGACACCGUGUCCUCUGUCUCAAACGUGUAAGACAAAUAAAGACCCAUAUGCUCA